GUAUAAUAGUACAAUUCAAUAUAGAGUAGAGGUCUAGAAUCCAGUCUUAGAAGUUAGAUCCCAGAUCUAGAUCUAGCGGCUAGAUCUAGAUCUAGAAAUCUAGAACUAGAUCUAUAGUUAUCACUGAAGUAAUAAAAAUUAGGAAACCUUGAUCUAGAUUCUAGAUCUAGUCAUGUUUUCAGUUGUAGAUAACUCAACAUUGUCUUCACUAAUAUUCAAUCAUUUGAAUAGUGGCGGCGCACAGUAUGGCUUUCUUGUUGGAGAGAGAGCUGAACAUGUUGAAAAGAAAAUUAGUGAUUCACAGAUUUACUCUUCUGACGUCAGCUCAUUUAUUUAUGUAUCAUCAUUUAUCCCUUGGUUUGGGCAAAAUAUGCUGUAUGAUAAGAGUGGGUGUUUUAAAGAACAAGAAAUCAUAAAUCUACUUUCUAAAACAGAACAAAAUUUAGUUGGGUGGUAUAGCUUUCGGCACCAAUCUACAUCAAAACCUUCAUUAAGAGAAGUAAGUCUUCAUAAGAAACUUCUUAGCCUGGAGAAGUACAUAACUCACCCUGAUGAAUUUAUCUUCUUCUUGUCUACGUCAACUUAUUCACAAAAUAUUUCAACACAUAUUUGCAGUCAUGGCUUUUUACAACUCCUUGAUAGGCAUUUUGUAGGAGUACCAAUGAUUGUCAUGAACUUGGGAGAUACAACAAGGAAAGAAUAUCGGAGAAAAAGCAGUGCAACAUUUUUACAGUGCCAUUCAAUUCAAGGAUCUCUGUCCAAGCUUAGAAAUGAUUUUCUCGAGUCUUCUGGUGAAAUGAAUCAAAGGUUAAAAAUUAAAAAUCUUUCCUGUUCUUUCAAUAAAGGAUUAUCAACUAUUCAUACAAAAAUUGCAGAAAGUGAAGAGUUAUUAGGUCUUUUAGAAGCAGAUAUCAACAUUUUAAAACAUCAGUUGGAAGAACUAGAAAAAGAAGAAAUGGAUCACAUGAUGACUACUGAAACAAAAAAAUAUCUAACACAAGAAGAAGCAGCAAAAGUACAGAAUAUAAAAAAAGAAGCACAAGAAAAUAAAGAUGUAGAAAACUUAUUCAUACAUUUAGGAAUAUCUUCUGAGACAAGUAUAAGCAUUAGUUCUUGUCCUUUUGAAACUUUUUAUAUGGACCGAUCAGAAAAAAUUGAUGGAAAAAAUGAGACAGUAUGUUCUUCCAGUACCUUGCUUACGGAUGCAGAAUCACUUAACACAAAUAAUAAUAGUGAUAGUCUUUCAAACCAGACAUUAGUUUCUAAGAAAGAACUUGAUAAAAAUACUAAAAUAUAUCAAGAUUAUGAAUUUGUGGAACAAAACUCACUUGACCGUUUUACAUUAGUUGAGGAACAAGGAAAGCCUAAGAAUCUAAAGGAAAAUCUUUUACCAACUGAAUUAGAUUAUAUUGAUAAUGAUAUUGCUGUCAGAAGGGAAAAAAUAAAUAUUCCAAUAACUGGCACAGAUUGUAUUCCUUCAUCAACAUCUGAAACUGUAAUUAUUGAUUAUGAAAAAUUAGAUCAAUCAUCAUCUUCAAACAGCAGUUUAAUUGAAAAGGAUACUAUCUCAUCAUCUCCUGUAUUUUAAUGUAUUCAUGUUGAUACAGUACUUUAAUUUAUAUUUUAACUAUGUUUUUCUGAAUUUAAUUUUAAAAUGAGUGUGUAAGUAAAGUACCCUUUCGACAUUAUGGUCCAUGGGGCAGAUGAAGUAGAGUUCACUUGCUUUACUUACCUUGGAAUAGUGUCAUCAGCACUGUGCCCAGCAUUUUUUUUAUUUUCCCUAAAGUGAGUCAGUUAACCAUUAGAGCUGGGUGGACUCGUUAACGUCUUACUGACUCUAGACUUUUGGAGUAACAGUUAAAUGCUCUACCAUUUGACCACAACGCCCCAAGCAAGAAUUUCUGUUAGUGCCCCAAAGUCUAGCUUAUUUUUACCUGUUUUCUCUAUAAUAAAUAAAAACUGCCCAAGCACAGCGCAUUAAGCUUAAGAAAUGCAUUCAUCAUAGGCACACAAUUGGAUGGGAGGUGGUUAUAGAAGAGUUGAUUUAUUCACAGAUUUCUGUUUGCUUUCCAAUGUGUUUUAUAAUAUUAUUAGUAUCAAUAAUGUAGUUAUUUGUUCAAGGAUGAAAUUAUAUAGAAAACUGAAGUCAUAUCAGAUGACUAAAAUUUAUUUAGUUGCAUUUAAGAGGUUACGUCAUAAAACAUGUACUUGCAUCUUAUGUGCUGAAAUGUCCAAGUAAUCAGCAUGUUAAAUACCACAUUUGUUUUCAACUGUCAUUUAAUGUAUGACACCAGUAGUUAUUAUGUGUUAAUGGAUAAAUAGAAGGCUUAGUUUUAAAUCACCUUUUAAAAAUAAAUAGCAUAAUUAUAGUAGGUAAAGAGAGGUAAGACAUUACAAUUCUUGUCUUACCUCAUGUACUCUUUAAUAUAUCAAGCAUAAGUUAGUAAUAAAGUUAUUUCUAAGUGCCAUUAUUUCUAUUUAUACUUAUGUAACAGCAUGGCUGGCCAGUAGAGCAUUUGAUUGUUUAUCCAAAAGUUGAGUUAGGAUCUUUGGAUUCCUGAGUCCACCCAACUCAGAUGGUACCUAACUUCAUUUACAAGGUGGCUGGACACAAUGCUGACCACACCAUCCCUUCAUAUACUGAGAUCACAAACACAAGUGAAUUACAUCUGCCCUAUGGACCUUCAGGUUCAAAAGGGUAACUUCACUCAUACUCAUUAUUUUGAAUAGAAAAACAUGAGCUUGAUAAAACCUUUCACAAUUACAGAUUAGCAAUUGCUCUAUUAUAAAAGUAAAUAGGCACCUAGGCAUCUGACUUCCUGUGUUAAUAAUUGUAGGGUCUUGACCUUUAUUAUUAUCUGGCGUGUGACUUUCUGGUCUACAAGUAGGCAUUAUAACAUCUAAACCAUUAGUUAGAAUUCAUUUCAAUUUAAUGUAUUAAUUUUCCUUUAUUUUUCUUUGAUAAUUUAUGAUCAUUUUAUUAAAAAUUUUGAUAUGAUCGUUGUUGGAAGUGGAGUGUUCAUUUUGAGAUGGGAAUAUUUAGAAUUUGUAUUGUACAAGUUUUUUGUGUGGCAUGUAGUAAAGUCAUUUUGAGGGAGUGUUUGUUGGAGUCAAGUCUCGUCCUAUUUUUAGCGUUAUUAAAUUCUGAA